AUGCUUACCUUCUUCAUUUGGAACCUCCAGCUUGGUGGUUCACCGGCAUUUGAUUCAUCACCUGAUAUUUUUUUACCAUAUAAGAAGGUUUUCACACGUCCUUAUUUCUCAGGCAGAUCUUACUUACCAUUACCAAUAACAUGUACUACUCCCAUAGCAACGGCAACCAAUCUGGCUCCAGGUACCCCUGUUAGGCCGACAAGUAUAUUAGUUGUUGGGGCCACUGGAACUCUUGGGAGACAAGUGGUGAGGAGGGCUCUGGAUGAAGGCUAUGAUGUAAGAUGCCUCGUAAGGCCUUGGCCAGCACCUGCUGACUUCCUUCGUGAUUGGGGUGCAACGGUUGUCAAUGUAGAUUGGGAAGGUGAAGUUGCUUUAAUACAAUGUGCAAAAGCAAUGGGAGUUCAGAGGUAUGUAUUCUUUUCUAUUCACAACUGUGACAAGCAUCCCAAAGUUCCUCUAAUGGAGAUCAAAUAUUGCACUGAGAAAUUCCUUCAGGACUCAGGUUUAACCUACAUUAUCAUUCGGUUAUGUGGUUUCAUGCAGGUAAUUUAUGAGCACAUACUAAGAUUAUGGGUUUUUCUUCCAUGA